CGGUCAGAUGUCUCGCGUGCCAAUACAGCUACCUGCAUACACCACACCUGAUCGUAACUAGUUUUUCCAUUUCUUCCCUCUCUAACGAGGUCCCCGACAUCAAAUAGUUCCACGCAACUCGUAACUGAGAGAGAGAGAGAUUUUGAGAUGAAGAUCACGGCACUUUUGGUAUUGAAGUGCGAUGGAGAAGGAUCGGAUCCGAUCAUACUGGCAAACGCCUCCGAUGUCAGCCACUUUGGCUACUUUCAGAGGUCGAGCGUCAAGGAGUUCCUUGUCUUCGUCGGUCGCACCGUCGCCAGGCGAACCCCUCCUGGCCAGCGUCAAUCAGUACAGCACGAAGAGUACAAGGUGCAUGCUUAUAACAGCAAUGGCCUCUGUGCGCUGGGUUUUAUGGAUGAUCACUAUCCAGUUAGGAGUUCGUUUUCCCUUCUUAAUCAGGUGCUAGACGAGUACAAGAAGAAUUUUGGUGAAUCAUGGAGGACUAUACAGGCAGAUAGCACACAACCAUGGCCUUAUUUGACCGAAGCAUUGGCUAAAUUUCAGGACCCUGCUGAGGCGGACAAGUUGUUGAAAAUUCAGAGGGAGUUGGAUGAGACAAAAAUCAUUCUUCAUAAAACUAUUGAUAGCGUGCUUGCGCGAGGUGAGAAGCUGGACAGUUUAGUUGAGAAGAGUUCAGAUCUGAGUGCAGCAUCUCAGAUGUUCUACAAGCAAGCAAAAAAGACCAACCAGUGUUGUACCAUACUGUAAGCUUCUGAGGCAUGCGAGCUAAAUGCAACUGCUUUCACUUGAAGCAGAUGGAUGACAGAUUGAUGAUUGUAAUAUGUUUAUACAUUUAUCAAUUGUUUUGCGUCGCCGAGUCCUGACCUUGUCCUUCUAUAUGUUCUUGUGAAUUAAAGAAGGGAGUGGAUGAUGUUGGCGAAAGAUUUUCUGAUAUAUUACUCAGUAUCUCCUGUUCACUGGCCUAGCUCACAUGUAUCCGUUUGUAUAUGCAGUACACUCAUGUUUUGAUUUUAAUAUUUAUACAGUAUUCACAAGUAUGUUUGCCAA